GUUCAAUUUGAACGAGUAGGCCCGGACACUAGGGUAAAAUUAAAGAUGGCGCAAAUAACCGGCUAGGAGACCUUACAAAUUUCACAAAAAUAGAGAGUUAGUGCUGUGAUUCGAUCUUGGUGCUUUAGGGAGAUGUUGUCAGUAACUUUUGCAUGAAUGCUCCGAACUAUCCACCGACUAUUACAGAUCAAGAAACUCUCAGCUUUGACCGAUGUAAGUAUAACACACUCCUCUUGAAUUGAAAUAUCUAUGGCAUUUUUUAUUUCACCAAUCUGGAUUCCUUGCCACAAAAAUGGAUUCUUUCAGAAGCUUUCAUUGAUCUUGGAACCUAUAUAUUUCAGUUCAUUACAUCUAGCUGAACCAUUUAGGAAAUAACCUUUUGAGUCUUGACUAAAUAAAGAUUAAAUUUAUUAUUUUUUUAAAAAAAGGAACUGAAUUAAUUACUCACAUCAAAACUUUUUGGACCUUUUUUUGUCUAUUCUCCCCCGAUAGAAAAAUCUUGGACAAUGCAAGGAUAGGCCAAUUUAUCAUGUUGUUGUAUGCUAAAUAACCUAGUCUGCGAGUAGAAGUGUGCAGCCAGUCUGCAUGAAUGAGAGAUUGUGUAUUUAUACAGCUGAUUGAAAUUAUUAAAUAUUGAACCACUUAAUUUACAUUUGGCCUUGGCAUGUUUGUACAAAUUCUGGAUCACUAUUUACUAAAGACAUGGAAACAAUACCGUGUUUACUCAAAUAAGCGCAACCCCCAAUUAAGCACCAUCCUCGAAUAAUACAUGGUUCAAUUUGACCUGUUACCAUGCCUUCCCCCUCUAGCCAUACGUCUGGGGAUUUGCCAUUUUUUUCUUUUCUGGUGGUCUAUUCCCCACUUCCGGUCACGCAGAAGAUGAUGAUUCCCCACCCCCAAGCUCCUGAUCAACCUCAUAUACAUACAUGCCAACUCUCCUAGAUACGACACCAACCUCCCGGUCUCCCGUAUGGGUCACCAUAUCUCCCAGAUAAAAUCAUCUUUUGAGCUUUUCUGUGCCUUAGUUUGAAAUGUAGCCCAUUUUUUGCUCAAAACUUGAAUUUUUCAUAUUCAUAGUACUGUUUCUGGGGCAUUUUUGCAGCUAUUUUAUAGUCACUGACAAAGAUUAUUUCUGGCAUCAAAAUGAUGAUCAUGAAUUUUGACAGUAUGUACUUCAUGCAAGACUUCAUAUAAUGUCCUAAGUCAUUCCCAUAUUUAUCGGGGGGAAGGGGGGGUUGGUAGUGAAAACGAGAGAGUCUCCAGAUUUUAGAUCUCUAGAGGUUGGCAUCUCUACAUAAACCUAUGUUUUUGGGGUGUACACCUGUUUGAGAGCUAUAGUGAUUUCCAUUCAACAGCAAAACCAGAACUUUUAUAAACGUUUUCUAGAGUUUUGUGAAAGGAGGAUAUACGUGUAUGUAGUUAAAACAUGAACUGAAUACAUUUGAAAACAAAAAGGAAGAAACUACUUGAUAGAACACUUCAUAGGAACACUGGACUGAAUCUUUGUUUAUUUAUAUAUAUUAGAAGCCUUGUAUCCAUUUUCAUAUACAGUCCAAGGCUGAAAAUAACUUUUUUUAAUAAGCAGGUCAUUUGUCAGGUCAGAGACCAGACCUGACCUGACAAGGAAACAGUCUGGUCGGACAAAAAAAAUUCCAAGUGAAAGAGCAAAAUUAAGAAUUAAACAAAACAACCUACUUCACUGCUUUAAUUGCACAAUAUUAAUCACAGACAGGAGCUGUAACAGUUGUAACAGUUCACUGAUCAGUCUUUACUGACUUCGCACUUAAAAACAAAAAUUAAACAAAAAUUUAAUUCUGAUUUACUUUUGAAUAGCAGAUUAUUAUUUUUUGAUUGUCAAUGUGUGUGUUUGCCAAAUAACAAAACAAUGUUUUGCCAAAAGUGUCAUUAAAGUAUGAUAAUUAAAAGUUUAAUUUGGAUCAAAAGUGCCCGGUCAGAGUGACAGACCAGACUAAUAUUUCGCCGGUCAAAACGUCAAAUUUACCGGACAAUUGUCCGAUGACCGACUGUUAUUUGCAGCCUUGCAGUCUAUUUAAGUUGUCUUAUUAUUAAUCUAGGCUGAAGAAAUAUUUUUUGUUUCUUUUGUGAACAGAAACAAUUUGAGUACUAGCCUGCCAUUUCUUCUCUCUUCUCACUGUUUGGGAUGCUUCGCCAGGAGAGGCAUCUGCGUCUCAGCUUCAGAAAAAAACGAUGUUUUUAUUCCUCUCCAACCACUAUUCAGCGUUUUCCCUUGAAAAUACGUGGUCUUGAGUUCUGCAGCUUCGUGCAAACCGCGCAAGAAAUUACACAUAAUUUGCAAAAUAAAAGAAAGUUAUUUUUGAUUUGCCCCACCCUCAUACCCCUGGGACAGGACUUCUUCAAACAAUUCCCCACCCCCAGGCCCAAAGGGCUGAACUUGUCUUGGGAGUUGCUGGUGGGAGGAGGUGGUAACAGGUCGAGUUGAACCAUGCAUAAGCCCUGCAUUUGGGACAAAACAUUUACCCCCCCCCAUAAGUGUAGAGAAGUCAUUCACGAAGACUUUUGGCCAACUGUGGCCAACAGUCAGUUGGUUGACAAUCAGCUGGCAGGUCAUUUGGUAAGCUUCCCUUCAGUUCUAGUGGUGCUUGAAUAAUGGGGGAAAAGAUUUAGAUAUUGGUUUAUAUUCAGGUAUAUCACGAAGCACAUAAGAAAUUUGGAAAGCUUUUUUGAGAAGAAGAAAGGCCUGCGUAAAGCAUGAUUGACUAAAUUUGGCUUCACAUUGCAACAUUUCAUGCAACACAGACCUCCUAGUCAGUGAUUAACUUUGAUUGUUGCAAUUGUUAAUUUGAUUAAUUGAAAUUUGCUGUCAUGCCAUUGCCUCCAAUGUUGCAGAUGGUUGGCAUGAUUUCAUUUCAAAUUCGACACCUUUUGAUAGAUAUGAAACACAAAGCAAAUUGCAAGGAGAAUCCAGAAGUGAGGUUCACCUUUCCACUGAGUUCCCCUCCAAAUAAACUUACAAAUUAUAUCAAUAUUAACACUGAUAGCUUCAUCAUCUUUGAUGCCCUUUAGGGUUACUUUCCCACUGUAAAUAUUGCUUUAAUAAAAUUACCUUUUAAAUGUUUGGUUUUUAUUCAUUGACAGGGCAUUCGCUUUAUCUCUGUUUCUUCACACAAAAGAACCACUGACGAAAGUAAGCUAUUUACACUCUAUUUCGCUAUCAAUCAUAACUAUAACAAAAUUGUCAAAUCUGAUUGGCCAUCAACUGUCCUGAUUUCAGCACUCAUAGGACAGUGUAACAGGACAGUACACAUCAUGCCGAAGUAAUAUUGGACAGUACAUGCCACCACAUGCGCGCUUCAAUGGCUUUUUUUCACUGCCACCAAAAAAAAGAAAACUCAGAGAAUUUCUUGCAUUUUCAUUGAAAAAAGCCUAAAAUAUCACAAAUUUUGUUAUAUAUAGUCAUGAUUAAUUGGUAAUAGAACUUCUUUUCAUCCAAUUUGGUCUGUAAUUAUACUCGUGAUUAAACAAAUCGGACUCUUAUCUCAUUUUCUCGAUCACUAAUUGUAUGAUUACAGACCAAAUUGGACUCCACUCAGUCCUAUUACUAUCAUUAAGAAUGCUAUUAUGCUGAUAUAGUUUGUAUCACUGAACCUGAUCAUGCCUGUGAUGUUAAAAUAUACUUUGUGCUACUAUCUAUUUUUACACUUUUCUUGCACCUGAGAGUGAAACUCAGGAAACCAUGAAUCAGAAAUAUUUCUGAAAUUAGCUGGUUCCAGGUAUUCAGAUAGUGGAGUGUAGGUACAAAAUAAAAAACAAGCGAGAAAAAAGUGUGCAGAGACUGGAAACAAUGACAAAAGUUUCCUUGCCAAACCUUUACCUUUUUUCUCAGUCUUUGCUGUUUUUUCGCCUGCCUGCAGGCAAAACUAAACUCUGGUUGACUAACCAGAGUUUAGUUUCGUCUUCGCGCAGGCUACUGUUUUUUAGUUCACACUAUUUUUGGCCUGCACUCCAUGAAUAUCCAAUUGCCUGUAACAGGCUUUUCUGGAAUGUUUUGAAAAGCUAAUCCAGGCGAGAGAAAACUAUACCCCCACAAAAAUGGUAAAUUAUGUGAGUUUUGUGGCUUUCUUUCAUUCAGACCUGAUCUUUUUUGUGAUUUUGUUUAUAACAUAAUAAGCAUUCACGAAAGUUUUCAGGUUUACAUGGUUUUGUGAGUUUGACCAUAAGGCUACCAUUAAUAAUUUUGUUACAAAGAAAUUUAAUGUGCUUUUUGUGACCAUUCAGCAAUUCCCAAAAUUUAUUUCUAUAGUACUUUGUACUCCCCAAAAUAAUUUACAUUGUUUAUCAGUCAAAUCUUUGCAAAUCUUUGUUAUUGCAAAAAUUGUUCAUAAAUUGCCAUCAGAUAGGUCCAUUAGAGACUAUACCAAAGACAUUUUGACCUUACAUUGUAUAUAUUGUAAUAAACAUCAGGUAAUAUUAAUGUAAAUUAAUAUCACUAUAUAUGUACGUAGUAUAAAAAGAAAAAUAUAGGGGUACAUUGUUCACCAUUAAUUUAGUAGGAUCAAAUUACUACACUAGACUUUAUACAUAUUUGCAUUACAUAGGUACAACAGACCCAGGAGGUCCAUUGCCAGAAAAAAGCCAGAGUGAUGUCGAUACUGAGAAGAAGCCACCAGUAACACCACCCCCUCCCCCUCUGGAUUUGUGUUGCAUGAGUGGAUGUCAAAACUGUGUCAUGAUACAACAUGCAGAAGAGCUCUUAAAACUUUAUAGUGAUGACACAGCUGCUAGAGCUGCUAUAGAGGAAAUUCCCGAUGAAAAUUUGAAGGCGUUUCUCAGAAUAGAACUGAACCUCAAGUGAUAUAUCUCAAAGAAGCUUCUCUGUUCUUCAAAGUAUACUAUGUUGUGAAAAGUACAAUUGACCAAUUUUGAUAUAUUGCCUUUGAGGCUUGG